GCUAUAUUUGUGUCAAUUCCUUAUACCACUCUUUUGAGGAGUAGAAAAGCAUUUGGCAUAUAGUUAUCGCAGUCUAUCAAACCCAAAAUAGACACACAAAUGGGCAUCACAGCCAUGACCAAACACAAGAGCACCAACGAAAAUUGGGGGAUGGGAUUACUCCUAGUCUUCUUCUCCGAAGACGCCACCGCCACCGCCACCUCCGCCACUCCGGCCACCAUUCUCGACAAAGCCAACACCACUCCCUCCCCAACCUCAAAUAAAACCACAAAAACAAUCAAAAGAACCAAUUCUAACAACCCAAUACUUACAAAAACACAGUCCACCAUUUCAAUUUGUGCUCUCCUCCUCUUCCUUACUCUCCUCCUCUUCACUCUCUCAACCUUCGAACCCACCAUUAAUAACUCCACUAACACCCUCAAAACUCCCCGGAGACUACUGCCGGAUGGAUUCUCCGGCGACAGAAUUAUUACCCAUCAGAGAAUUCUCACGAAAUCGAAGAAUUCUUGGUUUUCUUGGAAAAUCAAGAAUGGUAAUGAUAAAAAAAGUGGGGUUCUGAAUUCUUUUGCUUUACAAGGAAUGGGUAGGCUUUAUUUACGUGGGACAAAAGCUAUGAGUGAUCUUGUUGUUGGGCAUGUCGUUGAAGAUACUAAUGAAGAUGAGUUCAGAGUUUAUUUGCGUCUCUUGCAUAGGUCUGGUAUUACAGCUAAGGCUGACACGGUUUUUAUUUUUGAUUCUUCUUCUUUAGCUUCAAGAUUUGAGGGUUUGAUUCGGGAAGAGAAUGACUCGUUCUUGAAACUCGUUCAGCAUUAUAAGGAAUUGAAUGGGACGAGUCGCGACUCGGUGUCGGUAGCAUUGAGAUUUGAUGUGACUCAGUUUGUUAAGCAUGGGAGUAAGGAAAUGGCGGAGCCCAUAUGGGGAAGGAAGGUUCGUGUUAAUAGUUAUAAUUACUCGGAGUCGGUGGAAGGGAGUGGGAGUGAGUUGACUCGUUUGAGUUAUGGGUCGGUGGUUGGGUUUGAAACGAGUGAGCUUGAUCCUGAGAACUCACUUGCUGGAUUUUUAGAGCAUGUGCCUAUGAGUUUGAAAAGAUGGGCUUGUUAUCCGAUGUUACUCGGUCGAGUUAGAAGGAAUUUUAAGCAUGUAAUGCUGGUUGAUGUUAAAAAAAUGGUGUUACUCAGUGACCCACUCAGCCGAGUCAGGAAUCAAUCUCCCGAGUCAGUGUACAUAACAACAAAACAAGAAAUGAGUAGCUCAACCAAACAUGGGAAGAGAAACUCGGACAAAACUCAGUCUCAUUCUCAAGUUAACUCGGCAAUUUUGAUGGGCGGAACUCGAGGAAUUAGACGUUUUUCGAGUGCAAUGUUGACGGAAAUAGCUCGAGCUGCAAUGCAACACAAGAAAAAGAGUUCAGUUACCGAGUCAUCAAUUAUAAGCCAACUAGUUAGCAACAAGCAUAUAUUGAAGAACGUUGAUUUGAUAACAUCGGCCGAGUCAAUCCCGGAAGCAAAUUCACUCACUGAGUCGAACUCAGCCUUGUGGGAUCAUUAUAAAAUAAUCCAAAGGGGUAAUGUUAAUCAUGAUGUUAAUUCAAUUAUUAUGAAGCAUAUAUGUUCAUGUGAAGUAGAUUCUUCUGUUUAUAGAGAUUGCUAGAGUAGCAUAUUUGUUGUUAGUGAGGAGAAUAGAAUUUUAGAGAAAAGAAUAAGUGAUAUAUUGAAUUUUAGUUGUUUCUAUAGUUAGCCAAUCAGUUUUGUUUUGUUUUGUUUUUACAUGUACAUGUUAUUCAUCAAAUUAUAUUAAUUUUAUUUCAUAGAAAUUACAUUCCAAA